CCACCUAAGGUAGUAGUAUGUAUACUUUUUCUUCAAGUUUCUUAUAGUACAUACAUGCAUUAAUGUUGAAGCAAAGAAUCAAACCUUAUUGUAUAACACAGGAAAAUACCAAUCUCUUUUCUAACCAACAAAUCCAUUACACUACUCAACUAAUUCAUGGUAUAAGGUUAUGGUUUCUACCUGGACUAAAAGAAAUUGCAAUAGAAUUGAUCCCUCAACCAAACGAAUCACGCUUUGGAAUGGAAAUCAAACGAACCGAAGAGGGCUUUGUGUGCAUCUAUUCGGUGACGAAGGACACGUCAGCAGAUCGCAGUGGGUUAAGAGAGCUCCAUGAAGAAGCAACUGCGAACGGUUUCCUUCUUGUGAUCUCUCGGUUAGAUGACAAGAGCACAAUACCUACAAGUGUUUGUUCUGAUGGUCUUGUACAUUGUUGUGACCAUGCUGAAAUUAAGGACCUUCUCAUUUCUGCAAUAGAUCAAUAUGCGACGAUUCAACUUCACGUCAUGGCUUACCCAAACCAAACUCAUCCUUCUCCAAAUCAUUCUGUUGGAUUUACUGCUCUUUUACCACCAGAAAGAUCGUUCGCUACUCAUCCCUAUGAUUAAGAGUUCUCUCCACCAUUUCAUUCCUUCCUUAGAGUACAAGCUAGUUUGCAACUUAGACAGCAUCAUUAGCCUUCUGGCAUGAUAUCAAGUGAGUCAUUUUUGAAAUCAUGUAUACUACUACUAUCAUGAAAUACUUUUGUUGGAGAGUCUGAGGUAGAGGUAGACAGGUAGUCCAAGAACAAAAUACAUAGUAACAUCUUCCUAAGGUUCUUAACGAACCGGAAGAUGCAUAUAUAAUAAUGUAUUAUGGCUUUUAGUCUUGUCCAAGGAACAAAUUUUGCAUCAUUGAAUCUUUCUAUUUGCGUCUCUUUUUACUCGGGCCAAUAGAAAUUCUCCUUGAUUUUUCCUCUUCAAAUAUA